AUGUCUCAUUAUUCGACCUCGCCGAUGACCAUGGACUCUUCCGCGUCUAAGAAGGUCAACCCAGAGAUCCCGUCGCCCAUCACCAAGGGAUACCUCGGAGAGAUUGGACGCGUCAUCUUUGAUGAUGUGAGCCGCAACACUGCCAAGGCAGACAUCGCCCUCUACUACAAGCAUAAGGCAGAGCUUGAGCAGCAGGGUAUGCAGAGCGAGGCUGAAUGGGAUGGAAGCCCAAUUGACUACGCGAUGUACUAUUACCACCGCUUCUUCCACGAUGAAGGCUGCAUCUGCCCUCACGAGUUUGGCCCAGGAUUCAGUGGUCCUGGUAAAUGGACCGGAGGUGCAUACAAUUGCUAUAAUCCCAAAGAGUUCGCAACUGCUCUCCCCGCCGCUAGCGGAAAGCUUCCUCAUUCUGGUCUGGCCAAUAAGCAUGCUGGCGAGUCUUCGGUCAAGGCAUCCAAAAACCUACUAGCCAUUGAGCGAAAGCGAUGGGAAAAGAUCCAAGCUUACUGGCGCCACGAGUCCAUCGAAUCGCCGUUCGUGCCUUCAACAUUCGAUGAAUAUCUCAAGUUCAAGAAUGACACCCUGAAAGCCAAGCAGCUUGCGAUCAUCAAGGUGAUGGAAGACCCCAGCAACUCCAUUCGCCAUAAACAAACCCAACCCCGUGUUCAGAUGUCUCCGAAGUUGCUUGAGAUUCACAACACGGAUAACCUUAGCCUGGUCAACUCUCGCGUUUCCAUGUGGCAUGAGAAUCGCAACCUGUUUGUGCCUAUCGACUGGCCACUUCGAUGGGAAUAUGAGUAUUAUCAGGGACAGAUGCCUUUGCCUCGAACUCAAGAGGUUGACUACCAGUUCGAGGAUAUGGUUGACCGAUACAAGCUCUUCCCUGCCUACGGCCGUUUGGUCCCUCGCCAGUUCCGCAGAAUUGCCACCCGGGCACUUGAGCCUACCCUCGAUGGUAUGACUAGACCAGAGUAUUGGGACAUAAUCUGGGAGGGAGACAAGGAAGUCCCAGAAUUCAAGACGGAGGAGCUCACUGGUUUCACACAGCAGCUCCUACAAGAUAUCGACGAGGACAAGCCCGUGAUCUAA